UAUGGAGAUUUCUCCGUCUCCCCUAUAGCCAAUCGCGUCGUCGCGCGAGACGCGCUUGCGCAGAUCCGACGAGUUCAAACGGUUUGAAAGCCGACGGUUACUCCGAGUGUUGUCGUUUGCGAUCCGUCGUUUGGUCGUUUCUCCGCUGCUGAUCUUUUCAGUUUUGUUUUGGGAACAUGGCCGAGUUCCAGACGCCGCCGAGGGUUACGGGCAACAGGGUGACGGACAAGGCCGAAUUAAAUACGCCGAUAAAAAUACCGGCCUCGCCUUUUCUGCGACAGAUAGGCUAUGGCACCGGAAUAGGAGUGUACAUGUUGGAAAGAUCGCCUAAAGUGGGCUCCGUACGCUCACCAUGGGCAGUAAAAAAGUGGCUGAAGGCAAGAAACAACGAGACAAACGAUAAGCGUCUUCGAUUGGAAGCUGAUGUCCUGCGACAAUUGAAUCAUCCCAACAUCGUUGGUUUCAGAGCACUCGCCAAGGGAUCAGACGGAAAGUCUUGCUUAGCCAUGGAAGCGUUGGAUAUGUCACUUGGUGACACUAUCGAGGAGAGACAGGAAAUCAUGGAGAACGUUCCUUUCCCAGCCAAGGACAUUUUAAAAGUGGGUUUUGAAAUUGCGAAAGGACUCAAAUAUCUACAUCACACCGCGCACAUAUUACACGGAGAUAUAAAAAGUUGGAACAUCGUGGUAUCCCAUGAUUUCAGCAGGGUCAAACUGUGCGACUUUGGAAGUUCUAUACCCCUGACAGAAUCUUUAGAAAUGGACACGUCGAAGGGCGAUUUUUGUUAUGUCGGGACAAAAUGUUGGAAUCCUCCUGAGAUUGAGCACGAUGAUGGACCAGUGACGAGUGCUGCUGAUAUUUGGACAUACGGCCUUGUUCUUUGGGAAAUGAUAGCUUUAUCGACACCCCACUCUGAAGAUUGUGACGAAAAUGAAUCUCUUGACGAGUCAAACGCGUCGGAGGACAUGAAAAAUAAUCAACUUGACGAAUCUGACAUUAGUAUGGACGAAAGUAUGACUUUCCUUAAAGAGAUAAUGCCGCCUAGAUCCAAAAAAUACGGUACACGUCCAGCUUUACCUGCUAUCGACUUGGGCAAAGAAUAUGAAAAUGUACUUGAAAUAUUUUACAUAUGUACCAUAGAUUACAAAUUAAGACCCAGCGCGAAAGCAUUGGUAAACUAUUACGAAAAAUAUGCAAAUAUUGGCAAAGAAUAAUUGUAAAUUAUAUUCA